CGGCCGCCUUGCAUGGCCAGGGAUUAUGAGCGCCGGUGAGUUGCAGCAGGCGCAGCCCAGAGCCUCGGCGCCGGCGGCCGCCCCCGCGCCCCCGCAGCCCCGCAGCGCCCAGGAAGCCCCCGACAUGGCGGUGUACUGCAGCGAGAACUUCAGCGUCUACCCCCAGCCCAGUCUUCACCCGCCCGGCGCCGCUGCCGCAGCCGCCGCCGCCGCCGCAGCCGCCGCCGCCGCAGCCGCCUCCUCGGGGCAGCGGGCCGGCGGCUACGCGCUGGGGGACUACGGGGCGCCCGCCAACGCCGGCUACCUGUGGGGCAUGAACAGCCCCGCGCCCUACCUGCAGGGCCCGCCCGGCUCCGCUGCCGCCGCGGCCCCCUUCCUGCCGCCGGCCUCGUACGGCUGCUCCCGGGGCGGGCAGCUGGUGGGCUCGCCCUCGACGCCCGGCUCGCCGUCGGCGGGCGGCGCGGAGCUGAGUUGGCUGAGCCUGGCCAGCCAGGAGGAGCUGCUGAAGCUGGUGCGGCCGCCCUACUCGUACUCGGCGCUGAUCGCCAUGGCCAUCCAGAGCGCCCCCGAGAGGAAGCUCACCCUCAGCCACAUCUACCAGUACGUGGCCGAGAACUUCCCCUUCUACAAGCGCAGCAAGGCGGGCUGGCAGAACAGCAUCCGCCACAACCUCAGCCUCAACGACUGCUUUCGCAAGGUGCCCCGCGACGAGGACGACCCUGGGAAAGGAAACUACUGGACCUUAGAUCCCAACUGUGAGAAGAUGUUCGACAACGGGAACUUCCGCCGCAAGCGCAAGCGGCGCUCCGAGCCCAACGGCCCCGCGGCCACCUCUGCAGCCUCCUCUCUGGGGGGCCUGAAGGCUGAGGAGGAGCGAUCCAUCCCCGUCACAGGCAAGCCCUGUGGGAACAGCCCACCCCCGGAGCUGGACCCCUCGCCCUCUGCCAGGGACCAUCCCAAAAGCUCCUCUCCCUCCGGUAUCAUUUCAUCCACCCCCAGCUGCCUCAGCACCUUCUUCAGUGGCAUGAGCUCCCUGAGCAGCGGAGGCGGCCGGCUGACAGGGGGGCUCGGCAGUGACCUGCACCACAGGAACUUCUCUGCUGGGCAGCUGAGCAGUGGCACUUUCACCCCUUCCAGCAGCUCUUCUCAGGAGAUGCCGUCGCCGGAGCAGCUGCAGAGGGUUGCAGGACCUUCCCCUGCCUACUACAGCUCCUUCCACCCCAGCAGCAGCAGCCAGGGAGCCCAGUACAACCACUACUACAACUUCACGGUGAACAGCCUCAUCUACACCCGGGAUGGAACGGAGGUGUAAGGGUGCUGCAGAGGGAAUGGGCGUCACAGGUGCAUCUGGCAGCACAGGAGGACCUUUUGCAAACAGCAUUUCAAUGUGGAUGCUCCCCAGGAGUUCUUCCAGGAGGACAGAUUCGCUCACCCUUCAUUAUCAGAACCUGGCAGAGGCAGAUGCAAAGCCUUCUUUUA